UCCAUAGCAACGAACAAACUCUAAGAGAUCGCGAGCUUUCUACCUCUCGGCAUUAUGACCAUGGAUUUAGGAACCUUGAUGCUAAACAAGUCUGUUUUACAGAGUGAAAAUUUAGGAAACAAGUUUUACGAAAGCAGAAAGUAUUCAUUGCCCGGAUAUUACGGUUGUUAUGGUUCAAGGUGGACGGAAAACAGAGCAUUCAUGCCACCUCGACACCAUGUCGUUGAUGACCUCCUCAAUUCAUACAGCACCUAUUCAAAGAGUGAAAUGGAACUUUACGUAGAGUAUGAAGGUGGUCUGUAUAACGUGUGUCAACCAAACAACAGACAGACCAGUAGCGAUGUCGAGUGGAGAUGUCUGGCGAACCAGGGGGAUGAAAUUUAUCAACAACUCAUGAGGGAGACCCACAAACAAGCCUGUCUCUCAAACAUUGGUAUAGGAAAAGAAACGCCUACCAUGCCCAGGUUCAUUCAACAAAACAUCUAUAGACAGAUGAAACCAAGGACUUCGUCAGUUACUACACAAGCUAAGGUAUCAAUGGCAGAGUUUCAGACUCAGACUCACUGGACAGGAAUGAACUCUAAAGAUAUGGCUACACAGGCAGUACAAGACACCAUAGACAGCGGUGUUCAGGCCAAACCCGGUACGGCUGAGUUUGGAACGCAGGCCAAACCUAGUGCAGCUGAUUUUGGAACACAGGCCAAACCUAGUGCAGCUGAUUUUGGAACACAGGCCAAGCCUAGUGCAACUGACUUUGGAACACAGGCCAAGCCAAAUGUAACUGAAUUUGGACUGCAGGCAAAGCCCAGAGUAGCUGAUAUUGGUACUACUGAGAUUAGACCCAUAACAGUGGAAUCAAGCACGCAAGCAGUUAAAAUGUGCACCGAUACUGGAAUACAAAUGACCCCUACUGACCAACAAACACCAGACCACGAUAGACAAUAUAACACAAUUAAGAUGGACUCCCGUAAAGCAGAGUCAUUUGUAGUAAAUGUGGAUGGUGUUGCGCUGACACUCAGCAAGGAAGAUUCUUCCAUCAUCCAAGCACUGGUGAAAAUGGCUGCAGCAAAUAAAUCCAAAAACAGAUGUAGUAAUGAAGUCCACAAUGGGAUACAGGGGGCUGCAGCAGCAAGUCCUUCAAAAGCACUUUGCAAUUAUGCUCAGGAAAAACAAGUGAAGAAAUCGCAUGGAGAUAUACCCAAAUACUACGAUAACAUACCAUAUGAAGGCCACCUGGAUAAAUAUUUCUCCAAAACCUCACCUUUUAGUCAGUAUGGAUAUUAUGCUGCAGGGGACAUCCCAGCCACCCUGGACAAUAUCAAGAUCCCCAUUAUUUAUACUCAAGAUAUCACUUAUGCAAAGGGAGAGAAUAAUAGUGUACUUCUCGGUAGAGGCAGCUUUGGAUGUGUGUAUUUCGCUAAACAUCGCAUGCAUAACAUGGACUUUUGCGUAAAAGAGUUCGAAGACGACAGUACAACUUUGUAUGAUAUCCACCAUGAGGCUCAGGUAUUGCUUUACCUACAGUCGACAAUGUUUGUGCCAAAAUGCCUUGGGUUAACGGAAUCUUCUUUUGUGGCCAGUGACCUGUCCCUCGUGCAGGAAUGUUACGCAAAGGGCUAUACUUUGAAGAACUUGCUGAAGGAUCGACCCCCAUCGUUUAUCAAAAGGAAGUGGAUUGCCGUUUGUUAUCAGCUGUUUUGGGGACUGAAAAUGAUCCACGAGAAGCAAGUCUUGUUGAAUGACAUUAAAACGGAUAACGUUUUAGUAGACUACAGAUCGGAUGACAUAACAAAUAAUGUGCGAUUCAUUGACAUGGGGCUUGCCACAUUCAGAAAGGGUCAUCGUUUCUCAGCUCAUCCAACCUACAUGGACAAUCGUGAGAACUACGCCCCGGAGGUAAGACAAGGCCUCUUUUCCACCCCGGCUUCUGACCUCUAUUCUGUAGGAUACAUGAUGGACAAGAUCUCCGAGAAAGUCGGUAUCAUCGAGAUAGAUUCCCUCGCUCAAAUGUGCAUAGAGGAUGAUCCAAAUGACAGGCCGAACUGUACUUUUGUUCUGGAGAAACUAGAGGAUAUCAUGGAGAAUGUGUAAAUUCGAACGUUAUCGCACGUACGAGUAGAGAUCAUGGAGGAUCAAUGAAAGAAAAUUACAAAAUUAUUAUAAAGAAGUCAUUUUAAAACAUAUCCCAUGUACUGGAUUGCACUACAGUAUCAUUACAUUGUAUAUAUAUAUAUUAAAUCUAGCUUAUACAUUUUAAGUUAUUCACAUUUACAUACUAGUAAUUGAAAUGAAUUGUAUAUCAUUUACCUGAUAAAGAUGUGGGUUUUUUUAAAUUGUCAAUCCAACUCUUCAAUGAAAAGGACAAAAACUUUACGAGAGAUUUGUACACAUAUUUUUAUUAAAAUAUUACGUUUUUGUAUCCAGAGUCACACCUCGUUUUCGAUGUUGUCCUAAUGAGGGUAACAUUUACCAGAAUUUGAAUUUAAAUGGCAAAUUAUUUAACAUUUACAUCUUUAACAUCUUGCUGUUAUACAAUACCAUCUGUGAUAGACAUUUUCUCGUAAAUACAGAUUUUCUUUGUAUAUACAUAUUUUUAGAAUUUUUAUCAUUCACUUGUUAAGUUUGAUAAAAUCUGGAUGAAUUUUGUAUUUACAUUAAUACCUUUAUGUAUGCAAAUUUUCUAUAAUAUUUUUGGCCCUCAAUGAAUUUGGUAAUGCAGUGAUAAAGACCAUAUGUGUAGAAGAACCAUGCUACUAGUAUUGGAUCACUAGCUGUGUCACUAGCAGAGGUAACAAACGAAGUGAGGGGAUCUAUAUAGAGGUUUAACUAUUUCGUGUGCAUUUCCACAUGAUACUGAAUUGUUUUUGUAUGUAUACAAGGUACCAUCAUUUUUAAUAUAUAUAUAUUUUCAAUACAUGUUAUCAUUAGCUGAACCGAAUUCUAGUGAGAUAACUCCCCCCCC